UGGGGGCCAGGCCCAGGGAGGGGUGGGAGUAAAGGGGGCUGCCGCAGCUGUGUUGGGCCAUAAAUCAGGCUGACCCCUUGGCUCAGGGCAGGAUGCCUGCAAAUUCGGCUUCCGUACCAUCAGGUCUGAGCAGAAGUGACAACUGCACGGAUCUGCUAGUGCCUGGAAUCCCCUCCGUGACCAAGGCCUGGGGACUAUGGGCCCUCUUAGGGGUUGUGACGCUGCUGCUUCUCAUCUCACUGGCUGUGCACUUAUUCCAGUGGACUAGUGGCUGGAGCAGGAGCCAUCCGGGACAGGGACGGCCUGGAGAGUCUGCGGAAGAGGUCCCGCUGUACGGGAACCUGCAUUAUCUGCAGACAGGACGGCUGUCUCAAGAACCGGGGCCAGACCAACAGGAUCCAACACCUGGAGGCCCUGCCAGGGCUGCAGAGGAGGUGAUGUGCUAUACCAGCCUGCAGCUGCGGCCUCCUCAGGGCCGGAUCCCCAGCCCUGGAAGCCCCAUCAAGUACUCGGAGGUGGUGCUGGACCCUGAGCCAAAGCCCCAGGCCUCGAGCCCCGAGCCGGAGCUCUACGCCUCAGUGUGUGCCCAGACCCGCAGAGCCCGGGCUUCCUUUCCAGACCAGGCCUACGCCAACAGCCAGCCUGCACCCAGCUGA